AUGCAGCAGAAGCCUUUCAGCCUUAUCUAUCAGAGUGAAAUCCUGGCCCCUGAAUCGUGUGAAGAGAGAGGAUCCUCUCUGAAUCUCUUCCCGCAAGCCUUCUGCCAAGGUCUCGUUUUUGCUCAUUUCUCUCUCAAGCUCGCAAACACAGAGGAAUACAUAGACGGUGCGUUGUCUGGACACCUGGGUGAAGUUUUGAUAAGGUGCAAUAAUGUUUUGUACAUCAGAGGUGUGGAAGAAGAGGAAGAAGAUGGAGAAAUGAGAGAAUAGAUGUUUUGUAUUUCUGGAAAUAAACUUUUUUUUUUCUUUCUGUUUUUCA